AUGGUUCGUCGUCGUAUGGCUUCACCGAAACCAUCUCCACCAGUACAUCGUCGUACAUCAUCGCCGAUGACUGCACGUUCUCCUCAAUCAGUACCAAUGCAGACAAGCACGCCAAUGGCACCAAGUGUAACACCAACUGCACAAUUUGGUAUGGCACCACCAUCACGUGGACCUGGAUUGAUGGGACAGAUGGCUGCAACGGCUGGUGGUGUUGCUAUCGGUUCUGCGGUUGGUCAUGCAGUUGGUAACAUGCUAACUGGUGGCAAUGGUCAUGGAAACAACGAUGAAAUGGUUCUCUCUGGAAAGCAGCAGAUGGAACAACAGCAACAGUACAGAAAUCCAUGUGAAUUCGAGUGGAAACAAUUUAUAGAAUGUACUGAAACACAGAAUGACCUCAGCUUAUGCCAAGGUUUUAACGAAAUUUUCAAGCAAUGCCGUGCGAAGAAUCCAUGA